CAAUGAUUGGUUGUCUCAUAGUUAACCUGUGUUCGUUAUUUUCUGUCUCGUAAAUCCGUUUUCUAUUUUAAUUGUUUUUACGGAAACAAUUGCAACACUAGACGUUAAAGUAAAGAGUGAUAAACUAGACAAAGAAAGAAAAGAAGAAGAAGGAAUCGUGUCAAAUAAGCGGAUAUACACAGAAGAACUUCAAUUAUUCCGUUGAUUAUAAAAACAAAAAUCGGAAUUAGGGUUUUUUUGAGAUUGAAUUAUGAAGAUUUAGUUUUUUUUUCCAGAUAUGGAACCUUCAAAUUUACAAGAAGGUGUUAUUGUCCUUGAUGGUAAGAAAGAUGAACAACAGCAACUGCGUGUUAAGAGGAAAACUUUACAAGCUGUGCUUGAACAGUGUCAAAGAGCUUUAGAUUUGAUUAAUAGUGGUGAAGUUGAUGAUGAUGAUGGUGAAGAUGAUGAUGAAAGUGAGGUGGAGAUUGGUGAGGAUGCGUUGAAUCAGUUUGGUGAUGAUGAUACUGUUCAGCUAUGUAACUUUCUAAAGUCUGGAGUUGACUCCCCCAACUUUCUUGAAAAGCUUGGGACCACCAGUGCUUCAGUUCCGCAAAAUCCUGCUGCUGAAGAAGGUGGCUCCUGGGACAUCGUUUGUGAAAAUGAUUUAUGGGAUGGUGAGGAUAUUGAAUUGGACCAAGAAAGUUUUGUUCUUGUUCGGCAAGAAGAUAUACUGGAGGGUAUUGCUUCCUUCACGGCUGCAUAUUUGUUGUCACUAAAGCAAACUAAAGAACUAACACCCAAUCAACUCCAAGAAGCCUUGAGCAAAACUUUCUGUACUAAAAAGAAAAAGGGUAAACUUCGAAAAGCAUGGGAUGGAAGCAAAGUUAUCUACAAUGUAGCAUCAUGGGGAGCCACUGCCAUUGGGAUAUACCAAAAUCCAGCUCUGUUUAGGGUAGCUACUGUGGCUUUCUGGACUUCCUGCCGUGUUAUAUCGAAACUUUUCUGAAUCUCUCCUGAUAAAUUCUGGGAGACAUUUUCAUUGUUUGUGAUGCUUGGAAUAUGGUGCUAUGUUCGAUUAGGGGCUCUCAAGUUUGAGGUCCCCUGUGUAAUAUACUGUUUGUCUUUGAUUUUUACAGAUUAAUUGGUUGUUUUUGUAGUCAGCUUGUAUAUAUUUUUACUUCUCUUGGAAAAGGAUCACCUUGUACAGUUGUUUUUGAACACUCCCGUGACUAUUAAUGCAGUAUAAUAUAUAACUACA